AUGGCUUCCUCAUCUUCCAACGUAGUCGGGGUCCAUUACCGUGUCGGCAAGAAGAUCGGAGAGGGUUCGUUCGGUGUUAUCUUCGAGGGGACCAACCUGUUGAACAAUCAACAAGUCGCUAUCAAAUUUGAACCUCGAAAGAGCGAUGCACCGCAAUUGCGAGACGAGUAUCGUACAUACAAAAUUCUUGUCGGCUGCCCCGGGAUCCCUAAUGUCUAUUACUUUGGUCAAGAAGGCCUGCACAACAUUCUUGUCAUUGAUCUCCUCGGACCAUCUUUGGAGGAUCUCUUCGACCACUGCAAUAGAAGGUUCUCGACAAAGACCGUUGUUAUGGUAGCGAAGCAAAUGCUCUCACGAGUCCAAACAAUCCACGAGAAGAACCUCAUUUACCGCGAUAUCAAGCCCGACAACUUCCUCAUUGGCCGCCCAGGGUCGAAAACCGCGAAUGUGAUUCAUGUUGUUGAUUUUGGAAUGGCAAAGCAAUACCGAGACCCCAAGACGAAACAGCACAUUCCUUACAGGGAGCGAAAGUCACUAUCAGGUACUGCGAGAUAUAUGAGUAUCAAUACUCAUUUGGGCCGAGAACAAUCACGAAGAGAUGACCUGGAGGCACUGGGACACGUCUUUAUGUACUUUCUGAGAGGAGGAUUGCCUUGGCAGGGACUGAAGGCUGCCACUAACAAGCAAAAGUACGAGAAGAUUGGGGAGAAAAAGCAGACAACUGCUAUCAAGGAUCUCUGUGACGGCUUCCCUGAAGAAUUCAACAAGUACCUGAGCUACGUUCGCAACCUCGGAUUCGAAGACGUUCCUGACUACGACUACCUUCGUGAUCUAUUCACCCAAGCACUGAAGAACACUGGAGAUGUGGAGGAUGGAGAGUACGACUGGAUGAAGAUCAACAAUGGAAAAGGCUGGGAAGCUAUGAAGCAGCACCCUUCGCAACAUAUGCUACACCAACCCAACGUGGCCCCCGGGGCAUCAAACAGAGAGCUGCAUGGAACCACUCGAGGAGGAAAUAAUACGCCAGGUCAUCUCACUGCCGCCCGUUUAAAUGCCGCGCAACCCCCGCCACCUUCCCCAAUCAAACCGGGAAUGGGCAAGACGCGCGAUCGACCAAACGCCCCAGGCGGACUGGUCCCAAAACGCAGCAGCGGAGCGGCGGGGAACCUCCAAGACGGCGCUACUCCCGCAGGCUCAACCCAGGCGCAAUUCCAGAACAGCUCGAACAACCUCCCCCAGAGGAUGUCGACUCAGCCAAACAUGAGCGCUCAACCCCAGAACGGAAGAAGCCCAGAACCUCAGCCAACAGGCUUCCAGAAGCUGAUGAAAGCUCUGUGCUGCGGUUAG